AUGGAGGAGGUUUCGGCAGCCUCCAUCUCCUUCUCGGCUCCCUCUUCUUCUUCGCCGUGCGCGGAGCGGCGGCCCCGUGGCCUGCUCGGGUUGGAGCAGACGCCGGCUGGCGGUGGCGGCGACCCUCCGACUUCCUCGGACGAGCAGCCCCUUCGCCCUCAGAGAGACCGAGUCUCCCAGUCAUACUUUGGAGACAAGAGUUCCUAUGCAGAAAACAUUAGCACAGUGAAUUUGACAAGCUCUUCUUCAAACCGAGCUCUACAUAUUUCUCGAGUACGAAAAACACCUCUCUCAACUACUAGGACAGGGUGCAGAAACGGGACUCCUUUUAUGGGAUAUUCAGUUACAUCGUCUUCAGUCUCUGCUCACAAUGCUGCAUCUGUUAUUGUGGCUGUAAUAGAAGGGAGAGGUCUUGCCAGAGGUGAAGUGGGUAUGGCAAGUAUUGACUUAAAAAAUCCAGAAGUUGUGGUAUCUCAGUUUGCAGACAAUACAACAUAUGCCAAGGUUAUCACUAAACUCAGAAUUUUAGCACCCUUGGAAAUCAUUAUGUCAAAUACUGCAUGUGAUACAGGAAAUGCAACAAAAUUGUUCAGCUUGAUAACAGAAAAUUUCAAGAAUGUGACUUUUACUACAGUCCAAAGAAAAUACUUCAAUGAAAUGAAAGGCUUGGAAUAUAUUGAGCAAUUAUGUACACCUGAGUUCAGCACUGUUCUGAUGGAAGUUCAGUCCAAAUACUACUGUCUGGCAGCUGUUGCAGCUGUGCUGAAGUAUGUUGAGUUCAUACAAAAUUCAGUUUAUGCACCUAAAUCACUUAAGAUUAGUUUCCAUGGAAGUGAGCAAACAGCAAUGAUUGAUUCAACGUCAGCCAUAAACCUUGAAUUAAUAACUAACAAUAGGAAUUCUAGGAAUGGACACACUCUUUUUGGUGUUCUAAAUUAUACUAAAACACCAGGGGGAAGUCGGAGACUUCGAUCUAAUAUUCUAGAGCCUUUGAUUGAUGCUGAUACCAUUAAUACAAGGUUGGAUUCUGUUCAAGAGCUACUUCAGGAAGAGGAACUAUUUUUGUGUCUUCAGUCAGUUAUUUCAAGAUUCUUGGACACUGAUCAACUACUUUCAGUUUUAGUUCAAAUUCCAAAGCAGGAUACGGUUAAUGCAUCUGAAUCAAAGAUAACAAAUUUAAUUUAUCUGAAGCACACCCUGGAACUUGUAGAACCUUUGAAGGAUGCUUUAAAAAGCUAUAAAACACCAUUGUUAAAGGCUUACUAUAGUUCUUUGGAAGACAACAGGUUUGGAGUCAUACUUGAAAAGAUUAAAACUGUCAUUAAUGAUGAUACAAGAUAUACAAAAGGAUGCUUGAAUAUGAGAACACAGAAAUGCUAUGCAGUGAAGCCUAAUAUAAAUGAAUUUCUUGAUAUAGCACGGAGAACAUACACUGAGAUUGUGGAUGAUAUUGCAGGAAUGAUAGCACAGCUUGCAGAAAAAUACAACCUUCCUUUGAAAACAAGCUUCAGUUCCGCACGAGGAUUUUUUAUUCAGAUGAGUGCUGACUGUGCAGCAAUACACAAUGGUCAACUUCCUUCAGAAUUUACCAAGAUUACUAAAAUGAAAAAUGUGUAUAGCUUUACUUCACAAGACUUAAUGAAAAUGAAUGAAAGAUGCCAAGAGUCUUUGAGAGAAAUUUAUCACAUGACAUACUUGAUAGUGUGUAAAUUACUGAGUGAAAUUUAUGAACACAUUCAUUGCCUGUACAAACUCUCUGAUGCAGUGUCUAUGCUAGAUAUGUUGCAGUCAUUUGCCCACGCCUGUACGCUUUCUGACUAUGCACGUCCUGAGUUUACUGACACAUUAGCAAUAAAGGAAGGAUGGCAUCCUGUUCUUGAAAAAAUAUCUCUUGAGAAACCUGUUUCCAACAAUACUUACAUCACAGAGGGAAGUAAUUUUAUUAUAAUUACAGGACCAAAUAUGAGUGGAAAGUCAACUUACCUAAAACAGAUAGCCCUUUCUCAGAUUAUGGCACAAAUUGGAUCUUUUGUCCCAGCAGAAUAUUCUUCAUUUAGGAUUGCUGAGCAAAUAUUUACUAGAAUAGGUAUGGAUGAUGAUAUAGAAACAAAUUCAUCAACAUUCAUGAAGGAGAUGAAAGAGAUAGCAUAUAUCAUACAAAAUGCUAAUGACAGAUCACUUAUCAUAAUUGAUGAGCUUGGCAGAGGUACCAGUGCUGAAGAAGGCAUCGGCAUAUGUUACGCAGUCUGUGAAUAUCUUCUUAAUUUGAAGGCAUUUACACUCUUUGCCACUCAUUUUUUGGAAUUAUGUCAAAUUGAUGCCUUAUAUCCCAAUGUGGAAAACAAUUACUUUGAAGUGCAACACGUGAGAAGUAGUUAUGGAAGUAGGGAGAAAAUUGCUUAUACUUAUAUUCUUUCUAAAGGACACACGGAGGAAAAAAACUAUGGACUUAAAGCUGCAGAGGUUUCUUCUCUUCCACCAUCAAUAAUACAGGAUGCCAAGGAGAUCAUAACUCUGAUUUCUAGACAAAUGUCGAAGCAACAAAGAAGUACUCCUGAGACAUUAAAGAAGAAGGCUAUAUAUCACUUAGCAAAUAGAUUAGUUCAAACAGCCCGCAACUCUCGAUUGGAUCCAGACAGUUUGCGAAUAUACCUAAAAGGUCUGAAGAAAAAGUAUGAGACUGAUUGCCUUGCUUCUGAACAAGUACCUACUGAAGACCAGCAAUAAUUUAUACUAUAGUCUGAAGCACUAAUAUAGGUAGAGCCUGAAAAUAUACAUUUUUUAAAAUGGCACGAUA